AUGUCUGGUGUAUCUCUAGCAACGGCUCCUCGAGAACAAACAGCACCACCAGCACCAGGUGCAACCACAAAUGCAAAUCCGAAACAGAAAACUCAAGUACCUUCUGCAGGUGGAAUGAUGGGUUCAUUACGUGUAAUAGAGCUUCAACUUGUUGCAUUUGUUUUAGUUUUAUCAGCAAGUGGUCUCGUUCCACUUCUUGAUCUAGUUUUUCCAGUUCUUACUUCUGUAUACAUCUUAGCACUUGCACGUUUCGCAUUUCCAUCAAAUUCUGCCUCUAAAGAUUCACAUUCACAAGAGAUUUUCAAAGGAAGUACUAUGUUUAGAAUGUAUGUUAUUGUUGGAACAACCAUUGGGUUGUUUCUACCACUUGCUUAUGUUCUUGGUGGAUUUGCAAGAGGUGAUGAACAUGCAGUGCGUUCUGCAACACCACAUCUUUUCUUGCUUUCUUUUCAAAUAUUGACUGAGAAUGUUAUCAGUGGUUUGUCUUUGUUUUCACCUCCUGUCAGAGCUUUGGUUCCUAUGAUUUAUACUAUAAGAAGAAUCUUUGUUGAUAUUGAUUGGAUCAGUGAUGUUUGGCUCAACAAGACUUUGCCUGCAAAUGCUCGCAUUCAGGACGCAGCAUGGCAUUGGUUUGGGAAGGGACUGGCAGUGGCAAAUCUGGUUUAUUUCUCAAUCAAUCUAUGUGGUUUCUUGGUACCAAGGUUCCUUCCAAGAGCUUUUGAGAGGUAUUUCCAAGAGAAGGGUGAGAUUUAUGCUAAGACAGCAGAGGAUAAGAGAUCUGUGUCUUUCAACAAACCACAAUUGUCUGAGAAGAAGAUAGAUUAG